AUGGAUCACAUACCUCGACUAUCAGAGGCUGUGUAUGUGGGAUUGUGUGAUGAGGUAGGGACUCCUACAGAAGUGAGGUUCAGAAGAGAGGUAGACGACACUAAAGAGGUUCUAAUGAAACCUAUGGAUAUCAGGACGGGAUUUAAAAAGAUUAAGAGUGGAAGUAAGCGCGAGGGAUUCAGACUGAAAACUUCAGAUGAUGAUAUGAUGUUUUGCAUUUCCAACCACAAGCUAAUCUGUGAUCUUUCUCAGAUCAGUCUCUACCGUAUCCCACAACAAACUGUGAUUCUGACGGAGUUUGAUGAUCUACCACCGGGAUUCACCAGACUCAAUCUGCUUAGUCCCUCAAAUAAUGCAAAUAUAAGAUCCUCCUGUGUAUCUAAAAAUACCGAAAUUUAUAUUUCUAGUGCAUUAUUCCGCUUUAACGUUUUGAAAUACCUCCAGAACAGGCAUCCCAUAUUCGCUUCAUCCGUUCCUCAUGGACCCUGCUCAUCUAAUAUCAAAGAACUAGGUUACGAAGCAGAUAUUUUGAUCUGCCUUCGGUCACACCACUGGCCGACAACAGCUGACCCCUGGAUACAGAGAUGUCGUCAACAAGGCUGGCCAUCAGAGAGCGUUCUAUAUGAUAUUUUAAGCGGUGGUUUCCAUGUUGUUCCUAUCGGCAGCAUACCUGAAAUUGGAGAAGAAUGGAGAAUAUCAUUCUCUCAAGCAGAACAAAAACUUGUGUAUUCAAUGAAUCACUGUCAGUUUUUGUGUUAUGGUCUUUUAAAAAUUUUUUUAAAGGAAGUAAUCAAUUAUCAAAACAAUAAUCCAGUUCUUUGCUCAUACUUCAUCAAAACAAUUUUAUUUUGGAGAAUUCAAUGUAAUAAUUCCUUGACUUGGACACCUAAUAACUUACUGCCUUGUUUCUGGAAAUGCGUUAAAUUAUUAAUACACUGGGUUCGUAUUGGAGAAUGUCCAAACUUUUUUAUUCCAGAAAACAACAUGUUUAGAGUGAAAGUAACCGGUUCUGUACAAACUUCAUUGUUCAGUCAGUUGUAUGAUUUUUAUUGUAAGGGGAUAUCAUGUCUACUAAAAAGUGACACCCUGAGACCUUACCUCACUAAGGCAAUUUUAAACAGAACAUUAAGAGUCCGUACAGACGAGAGCAGUAUUACAAAAAGCAUCAAGUUAGAUAUCAGUUUCUUUGAAGAAGUAAAUUUAUCAGAAACAUUCUGUAGUUGUAAGGACCUUGCAGUUUACAUGAAUCAAAUAAAGAGAUUGAUGAAGCAGAAGCUGACACCGUAUCAGGCAGUUACAUUACAAUGCAUGACAUCAGGUUUAUUAAGGAACACUGCCCUAUCCAUACAGGACACUACAUCUCCGACUAAAAAUCGUACUGUUUAUUACUAUACCAGUAAAGUAACCGCAAUGUUAAAACUGUCAUCUACAAUGGGUUGUGUGUCAGACAUUCUGUAUCUUUGCAUUUACUUCUACAGAACACGUAGGUAUGAAUAUUCCCUCAGUUGUUUACAGAAAGCACAGGAGAGAAUGUCAGUCCCUUAUAUUGUGUAUAGAGGUAAUGUAAAUAUAGGUAUGUAUGAACACUGCAUGGCAUGUAUUUCUCUAGAUAAAAAAAUUAGGAGAGCUCUUGUGUUUGACAUCAAGUUAAACAACAAGAUUACUUACAUUCAUGAACUAGUAUUAGAACAGAAGAUCAGUAACAAUAAUGGCUGGACUGGAUUAUUUAUCCCGCCUCUUGUGAUGUUACACAUGUUGUUUAUACUGAAUUAUCAUAGACUAGGUGACACAGUCAGGUCACAACAAUCUCUACAGGAUCUUAAUAGUCUGCUGCUUUAUGAUGACGAUUUGAAUGUACCUACUCCAAUCAGAGAUAUUUCAUGGCAAAUAUUGGGAAACUGUCAACAAAUCACUGGAGACUAUUUAGGAUCUCUGCAAUCCUAUCAAUAUUCAUUACAACAAUAUCCCAUUCACAAAAUUCCGGAAGCAACCCUGAUAAGAAUGAACACACUUCAUCAUGAAGCUAUGCAAUACUGA